GUGAUUUCACCAUAAGAGCGACAUUCCAACCCGACUCUACUUUGCAAACAAUAUACAGUGUGUAUAGAUUAUAAGAAGGGAGCUCGCCUCCGUAUACACUCGUUCGUAUAUAAGAACUGUAACUUCAACAAACAAAUAUGAUGCAACCGGAAUUUGACACAAAGCCUUUCCCCCAGCUCCUGGAAAUGAGACCGGCGUCUGGGAGUCAGGAGUCAGCUGUGAAUGUCCCUCUUGUCAAAGGAGAGGCCCAAGUCGAAGAGGAUCCAGUCAAUGCGAGUUCAACGACACAGGAAUCCUCCGGCGCCGCGACCACAAAAUCCGGAAAGAAAGUCGGCGGCGCUCUGCGAAGACAAGAAAAACCACCGUACUCUUACAUCGCGCUCAUAGUCAUGGCAAUACAAUCUUCACCCACAAAGCGAUGUACCUUGAACGAAAUCUACAGCUUUUUGCAAAGCAGAUUUCCGUUUUUCCGCGGAACAUACCAAGGCUGGAAAAACUCUGUACGACACAACCUGUCAUUAAACGAGUGCUUCAUCAAGCUACCCAAGGGCAUAGGCCGGCCCGGUAAGGGCCACUACUGGACCAUCGACCCCGGGGCAGAAUUCAUGUUCGAGGAGGGUUCUUUCCGAAGACGGCCGAGGGGCUUCAGAAGAAAGUGUCAAAGUUUAAAACCUUUUGGCCUCCUGUCGGCUGCCUCGUGUGGGUCUCCGUCAUUACGGUCACAGUACGGGCUAGUUUCCCAAGACUUCUCAGUCUUUAAUGUGUCCAAUGUGUCUUGUUCCUUAGGCAAUCUUAGCAGUACGUACAGAAACACUGCGGUAAACGGCGACAUGUCAAACAUGUGGAACACAAGUAUGUCAAACUUAAACAAUGACAGUUUCUCUGGUGGUAAUGACUACGGUAACCACCGUGGAUAUAACUAUCCGAGUCAAAACACCACAGCUCGUUACCCGGGCUUACCUGCGGGUUACGGCGGAUUGGCGGGCGUUAACUCAGGUAACAACGUUCCCAACACCUACCCAACAAACACUACACCUGUGUCCACGUGUGACGCUUCUCUCAAUACGUCGUUCUAUGACGCUACCCCAGCGCUACAUCAAGAUAAUUCCUGGAGCAGUCAGAACUAUUACAAACAACAAUCCCUCAGUCCCACGGGCAGCACUGGGUCGGGCAAUGGGGUCUCCCCACCGGCCUCCGACCCCGGCAGGUACACGGACUUCACGCCACACAGGGACUCCGGCGAACUGAUCUCAGCCAUGAAAAUGCAGUCUCCACCCGGGCUUUACCAGCAGCCGAACACUUGUGACCGCUCCUCUUACCUCCCCUGUGGUUCAAACACAGUGCCAAUGAACAUGCCCCCACCACCGGCCUACUAUGAGAAAUGCGUCAUUUGA